CAUCAACAGCUCGAACCCGUACUCACUUCGGAUCUCCAGCGCUGCGAUUGCGCCGUUGAAACGAGGUGAAGGCGUGUUUCGCGAGUUCGAUCAACUUGGAUUCUAUUGCACAAUAGCAGCGCCAAUCUACAGAUCACACAUACCUUCAGCAUCACGAACGCCUUGUCACGACCGCUACUAAGAACAAGGCACCAUAUCAGCAUGUGCUCCCUCGAGGCCAGUUUUUGUGGACUGUCCCUCCUCGACUCCGUGGUCGUCCCCAGAAUCUCCAGUCCCGCUCCGCCUUCAGAAGCUACAUUACAAGCACGUUUGGUCAUUCUGCCUGGCACAGUUCAACGUAUGCGCGGGGACCUAGAGCAGCAUAUGUUCGGUCAAUGUGCCAAAUCACUCCAAGCUGAGAUCAUCAACGUCCUCACACGUACAGACCAGCUGCGCCGUUAUGCCCGUUCAGGUGUGACAUUUGAGAAUGUUGGGCCGGACCAUAACGUCAAUGACUAUGGCCGCGAUGUAAUUCUACACAAUAGCAGCAGUGCCGUAUCGGAUGGCCGCGACGAUAGAAGCCGCUGCUGCUUCUGCUUGGAGCCCUACUCAACAAUACACACUGCUUUCGAGAUCACGGCAUGCGCACACUCUGUUGGGAAAGCUUGUUUGUCGACCUGGCUGAACAGCUCAAGUCUGAACGCCAACACAUGUCCGCACUGUCGGGAAGAGCUGUUCGAGCGCCGCGCUCGCCGGCCAGCGGCCCAUCCCAACGAUGGCGAACUGGAGCAACUCGACACUCGGUUUUGGAGAGAGAUAGAUCGACUGUGGGAGCUCGCGAAAUCGCGGGACGAAUUGGGACCUGAGGCUGCAACGAGGUUUUUCAGAAGUGUCAUAGCCGAAAUCAACUACACCUUCUUUGAGAACGACGUCAGCUUCUGCUUGGAAUACGUGGGCGGCCCAAGAUCAACGUUGAAUAUACAAAGUGGGAGCUGGCACAACUAGCCAUCGCCGCUAAGGAGUUUGAUGCUGUCGCGGAGGUAUUCAGCGGACUCGGCUUGGUCGCUGUUUCGUGGAAAUUUUGUCCUCUAAGCAUAAGGAUACGCAAUGCAGUUGUUGUCAACGGUGCGCCAGGAAUCAAGCGCUCCGCUUACAUCAAAACGCAGCAUUCAGACCACAUACAAUGCUGAAGAUUCCACGCUGCUACCCUGAUGAUGAGAUCAGGUAUCCGACCUUACUCAGCUCCCCAGGAGAAUUGUAGUGGAGGCGCAAAGGCCAG